AUGAGCACAUCAACAAUGCCAGGAGUUGGAACAACACCACCUUCGUCGGGACACUCGAUGCUACCGAUGAAUGUCAUGGCCCAAAAAGUAAUGCCUGGAGGUGACCCAGGUUCAAUGAAACCAUUGAGUGGCGGUAAUUUGAGUUACGUUACACUCCAACCGGCUAGCCAGCCGCUCAGCUUGGUCCAGGAUCAUAGGUCACAAGUUUAUCCGACGUCAGCACCUUAUAAUCAGUCAGCAUCAGCACAGCCGUCAUCAGUCACUCCGGGUAGUAAUAUUAAUGUGCCGGCUGAGAGAGAGAAGGAGGCUGGUGAUUCGACGGAUAAUAAGUCUACUCACAAUGGAGUUGAGGUGGCUGUUAAAAUUCCUGGGGCAGGUUUACCUGUUGAUCAAGAAUCUAAUCUACAGACUAAACAAAGUCAAGAGGCUAAUAGAAAUAAUAAUGUUAGUCCUGAGAGCUCAUCUACUGGAAGUCAAGAUGAUAUUAAAUCUGAACCACAAUCAUCUGCGGUUAUUGAAAGUUCUGUAGCAGUAAGUGCAGCUCCAAAAGCUGAGGAGAAAAAAAUCCUUGUUAACAAUGGCACUAAAGAAGCCGAUAAUUGUCCUACGUUAGUGACAGUACAAAAUAAAGUAUCUCCACAAAAAACUGAAGACACCCUGGCCAAAGUUGAUGCUGUUGUUAGUACCAAAAAAGUACCUACUACACCUACAAAGGCGGCAGCUAGUGAAUCAAGCUCACCAGCAACAACAAUGACUAAAGCUGAGCAAAAAUUAAACUCACCUGUUCGAGCUCCCAAACGAAAAUCUCGGGAAUUGAAGGAUUUAAAGAGCCCAUCUGCUGAAGGUGGUAGCAAACCUAAAAGAAAUCGGGUUCAAACCCAACCUUAUCAGAGUCCUCUGCCAGAAAUAGCUUUGAUUGUUAAACAGACUCUCAAUAAAGCCCCUGCUAAUAAAAAUCCUGAUGAUAAACUCAUCGUAUUUUACAAGAAUGAAUUUUUAGCAGUGCGUAAUGCUGAAGGUAGCUUUUAUGUAUGCCAAGCAAUGCAGAAUAUUUUCAAAUCUAGUCGGCGUAUUCGCAUACGUUGGCUUUCGCAGGAUAAAAAUAAUGGGGAAAUUUAUUCACCUGACUUUUAUGACUUUACUGACUUUGAUUGCAUACUGACGAAUUUAAAUUUAAACAAAGUUGAUAAAAAUAAAUAUCAAUUGACUAAAUUUGAAUUAUUACGAACGGAAAAUAUACUGAAGCGUGCUAUUGAUGUUGAAGCUGGUGUUUCUGAAAAACCUAUGGAUUUAUCGUUAUAUAAAGACGAAUCACAAUUGAAGAGGAGAAAAGGAUCAAGUAAACCUAAGCAACGACAACGUAAGAGGUCAAAACGUGAAUCAUCAAGUUCAUCGUCUUCAUCGUCAUCCUCCUCGGAAGAUGAUAGCAGCGAUGAAGAAGUUGAUAAAAAAUCAACCACAGCAGCAGCAACGACGACAACGACAACAACACCUAAAUCAAGCCGUGCUAAGAAACGCCCUGCUACAAACAAUAAAGCACUGGCAAUAGCCAAGUCUGUAGCUAAUGUAUCAAGUCGUGCUAAACGAAUUAUGAAUCGCAGUAGUAAAACCGAUGCCUCUAAUGACAAUUCGGGGAAUUCUGGAGAUACUAAUGCUAGCAGUACUAGAGCUGAUGCUGGUGCUGGUAAACGUCCCAGUAACACUGAUGUCAAAAAAACUGAACCGAAAAAAACUACAAAGCCUCCUCCGUCUGUUCCGAGUUCCACAAGAACGAAAUUACGUGGGUCAACACAAAUUGCUGAGACGAGCAGUAAUAAUUCAACAAGACGUGGAAAACGAUUGGCUGCGGCUACUACCGGGGUGACGUCAACCGUGGAUUCGUCUUCUGAAAAAAAAUCACGUAGCAGAGUGUAA